AUGACCAAUAAUAAUAUGGACAUAUUUCUCUCAAGAUCUAAAAAAAUUCUUAUGGUUUUAUCAAUUUGGUUGCCGCCUACAAAAAAUGCUCUUUCGUUCUACGUGGUCAGAUUCGUUGUUUUGCUAACGCAGUAUUCUUUUUUAUUACUCGAAAUAGUAUAUAUUUUGUUAGUUUGGGGAGAUCUAAAUGAGGUCUCCGAGGCUUCAAAUUUGCUUUUCACUCAGGCCGCGGUGUGCUAUAAAAUCGCAGUAUUUAUUAACAAUAAAAGAAAUUUAAUAAAGUUACUCGAUUUUAUGGUAGUUGAUAUCUUCGAAUCCCAAUCUUCUUAUCAUGACAAAUUAUUGUUAACGAAAGCUGGCAAAGUGAAAAAGUUAUGCAACAUUUUCUUAGUUAAUGCAUUAAUAUCUUGCACACUGUGGACCAUCAUGCCCUGGUUCGACAGCCCGGAAAUCAGGAGUUUUCCUUUUAAGAUUUGGAUGCCUCUAGACCCAUUGAAGUUUUCGGAGUUUAUAAUGGGCUAUUUAUAUCAAGUCAUCAGUAUCUACAUCAGUGCCUUGCUAUUCUUCUCCGUUGACAGCAUCAGCCUCUCCAUGAUCAUGUUCGGCUGCGCACAAAUAGAAAUCAUUAUAAAUAAAAUACAAAAGAUACAAAAUGCACCAAUGUCGGCGAAAUUGAAAAAAGAGGAAUAUAGUGAAAUAAUCGAAGACAAUAAUAAGUUAUUUGUUGAGUGUAUUCGCCAGCACCAGGCUGUUAUAAGAUUCAUUGAAUUAUUGGAAAACACAUAUCACGCGAACAUUUUUUUCCAAUUAAGCGGUACAGUUAUUAUAAUCUGUGUCAUAGGGCUCUGUAUUACUAUUGCAGAAACAAGCAGCUUGCAGUUUUACUCGAUGUUGGUCUACAUGGUCACCAUGCUGUCCCAGUUAUUGCUCUACUGCUGGUGCGGAAGCGAACUCACAACUACAAGCGAAAAGUUGCGCGAAUGUUUGUACCAAUGUCCAUGGUACGAACAGGGUGCAAAGUUCAGAAGAUCUCUUCUCAUUGCGAUGGAGACAAUGAAAAGACCAAUUAUCUUUAAAGCCGGUCAUUACAUUCCCCUUUCGCGGCCUACUUUUGUAUCUAUUCUACGAACAUCUUAUUCGUAUUUCGCCGUUUUGAAUCAAGCUAAUAAUAAAUAAAUCUAUGAGGCUUAAACGGGUUCAAAUAACAAUAUUCAUUAAAUGUUGUAGAAUGUAGAUGAAAUAAAUUAU